AUGGUCAUCGCAGCACUAGUCAUCGGACUCAUUGUCUGUUUUGUCACUUAUGGAUUUCUAGAACUAUGUCGAAUAGGAGUGGUGAGAGUGGGCACCCUUAUCGUGUUCCUGACGUUUCAACCUUACAUCCUUGAUUAUCAUGCUGACCGUGGAUUUGUCAUGUAUCACCUUCGUUAUGUUGAGGCUUGCUCCCUUAGUUUCUCCUUCUCAGGAAAGACAUAUUUCUACCAUCAUAUCAGCUUUAAAGUCACUAAUAUUGACUAUGACAGCAAGUUUGCAAAACCAUAUUCACAAGAAUAUACGGACCUAAAUAAUAAGAUAGUAUCUUUGAUAAAUGAAACAUUUCAUGGAUCCAGACUGAGAAGACAGUAUGUCAAAUGCCAAGUUGUCCAAGUAAGCCGAGCCAAAGGAAAAGUGAUAAUACACACCGUGCUUAAGUUUAAAUCUUAUUAUACAAAUACUUCUGCAAAAUUUCGAGAUAAGAUCGAAACCAUUUUACAUCAGAAGCUAAAGGGCAAAACUGGGUCUUUAUGUAUAGAUUAUUCUUCAUUCAGAUUUUCAGAUAUUGCAAUGCCAAUGGCAGAAAAUCUUCUCCAUACAUGUUGUGGACAUCGCAAAAUUACUCGCUCUGGCAACAAGAUAGCCGGGGGCAUGGAUGCUGAGGAAGGAGAAUGGCCCUGGCAAGCUAGUCUUCAACAGAAAAAUGUCCACCGAUGUGGGGCCACUCUGAUUAGUAACAGCUGGCUUCUCACUGCUGCUCACUGUUUCGUAAAGGCCAGGGAUCCCAAACAAUGGAAUGUUAGUUUCGGGCUCCUUUUAAGUGACCCACAUAUACAGCGAAGUGUCAAGGAUAUUAUAAUUCAUGAAAACUACCACUACCCCUCACACAACAAUGACAUUGCUGUCGUGCGUCUGUCUUCACCAGUACUAUAUACAAGCAAUAUCCGAAGAGCAUGUCUUCCAGAAACUUCUUAUGCAUUCCCACACAAUUCUGAUGUGGUGGUCACUGGAUGGGGAACAUUACAGUCUGAUGGAACAAGUCCUAAUAUACUCCAAAAGGGAUUAGUGAAGAUUAUUGAUAACAAGACCUGCAACAGGAGAGUGGUAUAUGACGGUGCGAUCACACCUGGGAUGUUGUGCGCUGGGUUUCUGGAAGGAAGUGUCGAUGCCUGCCAGGGUGACUCUGGUGGACCUCUGGUUGGUGCAGAUAAUAAAGGCACUUGGUUCCUUGCUGGUAUUGUAAGCUGGGGAGAUGAGUGUGCCCUUCCAAACAAGCCUGGAGUCUACACUCGAGUGACCCAUUAUCGAGACUGGAUCAUGUCCAAAACUGGGCUGUAG